UGCACUUUCAUGGUAUUGCGGUCAGUAUGAUAAUACGACGUAUUCCGCAGGUAGAUGUGUUUUGGCUACUGCAAUUAGUCAUUCUGGCUAUUUACUUUAAGAUUGACUUUAAUGAAUGUUUGUUCUCUAAUUCAGUUUAACAUGCUAACCUGUCAUCAUGCAGUGGGUCACUUGUUGAUACUGCUAGGAGGUACUACAGGUGUUUCCACAUAGUCGCUCUGUUGCGCAUCUGCUGCGUCCUACCUGAAUGAACUGACAGCAACGUUUUCAUGUAUCUCCAUAUCCUUCGGAAACUAUUCAGAGUCCUCUGAUAUUUGCUGUUUUCUACACUUAAUAACUCAUAAUUGACUACAUUUAUUUUUGCCAUCAACCUACACAGUACCCACAAUGAAAAAGCGGAAAACGUGUAGAAAUGUGCCAAUUUACCGAAAAUAAAAACGGAAAUCUCCGCCUGGAUUUGGUCAGUCUCUUCCAUUCUUUAUUGUAGAUCCUACCAAGUCCUGACAGAUUGGAUGUGGAGCGUUGGUGACUUGCGAUCUUCAGGUCUCCCCACAAAUGUUCAAUUGGGUUCUAGGUUGGGUCUUUGGCAGGACCACUCAAAGCUGCGUUUCAAAAUAAUGUUGACGUGUACCGAAGCAACUCCUGCAUUGUCUUGGUUGUGUACUUUGUGUCACUGUGUGCUGACAGCUGAAUCUUGGCCUCAGUCUGAAGUCUUGUGCGCUCUGUAUAAGGGUUUUUUCAAGGACCUUCCUGUAUUUGCCCCUCUGGUAUUAGCCAGGUGAUGAGAGAUGUCUUGUUUUAGCCAAAGGUAAAACAUUCAGGCCCAAUUAAUUAUAUUUUGGUCUCAUCAAACCAUUUUGGUCUUUUCCACAGGCUCAGGGACCUUUAAGUGUUAUUUCACAAACUCAAUCUAGCCACUAGUAUAUAGGCAUGAUCUAGGCAGGUUUUCCCAUCUCUACAGAAUAAUUCUGAAGCUCUGUUAGAGCAGCCACUGGGUUCUUGGUCACCUCACUGACCAAGCCCAAUCUUGCCAGGUUACUUAAUUUGCCCGGAUGCCUAGCUCUAGGACAUGUCGUAGUGGUUCCAAACUUAUUUUAUUUCAUGUGAUGAAGCCCACAUGCUCCUGGUAGCUUUCAAUGCUUUAGCAAUUAUAUAGACAGGUGUAUACCAUUCUCAAUCAUGCCCAAACUAUAAAAUUUACCACAGCAGGAUUCCAAUGAAGUUCAAAAGACAUGACGCAUGAUCAAAUGACACAUUUAUCUGAGCUCUAUUUAGAGUGUCAUGGAAAAGGUUCUGAUUACUUAUGAACAUUACGUUUACAUUUUUUUAAAUGUCCUAUGAAUUGGCACACAUUUUUAAAAGGUGUUUUUGAUUUUCCAUUGUGUUAUACAUUUUAAACUAAGUCUAUAAGAUAGAAUGUGGAGAAAGUGAAGGGGUCUAAAUACUUGACAGCACUGUAUAUAAGAAGUUGUAAGCCUAUGGAAACAUACUAGUACAGAUACAUUGACAGUCUUUAGUUGAGGGGAAAGUUUCUUAUAAUGAAUGUAUUUCAGAGUGUUUUUACAAACAAAACAAAAAGGAAAAAUCCCAAAAGAUUAUUUAAGAGAAAAUAGUAUGAAAUCAAAAGAGAUUUAAGUGGAAUAAUGCAAAGGGAAUAAAAAUAAUAAAAUGUGAGUAAAAAUACAUAACAAUUACCAAAAUAGAGAUUUCGGGUAAGACAACUAAAAACCACCCUUUAUUCAAAAUCACAUGUAAAAGCUCUGUCCUAAGAUCUUUUUAAAGGCCCUCAGAUUCUUUAACAGGCUCAUCUUCCGUCAUUUGGCACAACUCUCUGCUCUGAAAUCCAAUCCCUUCAGACCUGUCAUGCAGUUCGCUGUGUUUUUAAACUUCGUGGGAUUUCCAGGCAAUGGAGGUUUAGUACAGAGAAAACACUUAACUAAAACCAGGAUCCGUCUACAAGGUAGAUUGCUUUCUAUGUUUUCUCAGAACAUACCCGAGGCUCAGGGAAGCUAGGAUAACCUACUACACACUAAGAGUGGGACAGUUAUGAAAGGUAUGCAGCAUGUCCUGCCGGGGAGGUGAGAGAACACAUUUGACCGAUGGUCAUAACCUAAGCAGGGAUUGGAAACCCAGGAGUAGGUACAGGAUGUCCACUCCAAAUGUACUUUGAGGAUGAGUAUCUCUUACAGUCAGCAAUCUGUCAAAAAUAUGUAGUAAAUGUAUUCCGCAGAAAUGGCCUCUUCUCAACCCCUGCAUGGAGCACAGCCUCAGGAGAGCAGCCUCUACAACUCAGAGAGUCUGAGCCUGGACCUCACCUCCAGGUUAGCCAUGGACUUAAGUAGCCACAUGGAUCAGCUCUCUGCCCCCACCCUGCCUAGCAUCAACUCCCAGAUGAGCACCUAUGCUGGCGAGUUGGAUGCCUUCUGUCAGAUUGUCACAGGGCCAUCGACCACUAGCACAGCCUCAGGCCAUGAAACACCCUUCAGUCUGGAUGACGUCCAGGUUUACGGCUGCUACCCAGGCACCUUUGCCAUGAGCUGCCUCGACGGAGCCCAGUAUUCUUGUGGCUCUGGCGAUUUCAGCAGCCCAUUGUUGACCCAGUCUCCCUCUAGCUCAGACUUCCAGCCCACAUCCACUUCGGCUUGGGAUUCUGUUUUUGGUCAAUACUCUCACAUUCAAGGUUCCUGGGGCGCUGACAAGAGUACACUGGCACAACCAUCCCCAUUCACUUUUGGCCCCAGCCCAAAGGAGGAUCUGUCUCCUCUGGGCCAGCUCCAACCUGUUGAGCAAGUUCUCCCAUCUCUGGGCCAGCAGGAAUACCUCUACCCAACAACCCUGGAGCCAGGUACCACAGAUAGGUCAGGUUUAACGGAACCAAGUCAGCAAAACCAAAUAAACACUUUGCCAAAACCAAAACACACUACUGGAAAUGAGAGUUGUGUUGUCUGUGGGGACAAUGCCGUCUGUCAGCACUAUGGGGUUCGUACCUGUGAAGGCUGCAAAGGUUUUUUUAAGCGUACUGUUCAGAAAAACACCAAAUACCUCUGCCUUGCCAACCAGCACUGUCCAGUGGACAAGCAGCGAAGGAACCGUUGUCAGUUCUGUCGUUUCCAGAAGUGCCUGGCAGUCGGCAUGGUGAAAGAAGUUGUGAGAACAGACAGCUUAAAAGGUCGAAGAGGUCGUCUGCCCUCCAAGACAAAAGAAACCCAGGAGCUGUUAUCCACUGUGUCUCCAGUCAAUAUCAUUGAGUGUCUUGUAAUGGCACAUGUGGAAUCAAACCCUGAUGUUGGGAAACUGGACUACUCUAAGUGCCAGGAGACUGUGCUCAGUCUAUCAGAGAAAGUGGAUGCUGGUGACAUCAAACAGUUCUAUGACCUCCUCAUGGUAUCCAUGGACAUGAUCAGGAAAUGGGCUGACAGUAUCCCUGAGUUCACUGCCUUCUGCUCUGAGGACCGGGAGCUGCUCCUCGAGUCAGCCUUUCUUGAACUGUUCAUCUUGAGACUAGCAUACAGGACCAACCCUGAGACAGAAAAAGUGGUCUUCUGCAAUGGAUUGAUUCUUCACCGAAUGCAGUGUGUAGGGACCUUUGGUGAUUGGAUAGACUCUAUCAUAGACUUCUCCCAGAGCCUCCAUCGCAUGAACCUGGACAUAUCGUCCUUCUCCUGCCUCACAACCUUGGUCCUAAUCACUGACCGUCACGGCCUGAAGGAGCCCAAGCGGGUGGAAGUGUUUCAGAACAAAAUCAUCACCUGUCUCAGAGAUCACAUCUCAAGCUUAACCUAUGGCUCCAUACAGCCAAACUACCUUUCCUGCCUCCUCGGAAAACUGCCCAAGCUACGGACUCUCUGCACUCAGGGCCUGCAGCGCAUCUUCUAUCUCAAGAUGGAGAACUUGGUCCCGCCGCCACCAAUAGUGGAAACAAUUUUAAUGGAUACUCUACCUUUCUGAGAGUGAGGAAAGACAAUACAGGGUUGAUAAAGGGAUAUCAAACAGUUAUUCUCUCUCAGUGGUAGUGCACAGAGAAUGGAAACUAGGCUCAAAAAAAGACAUGAAUGACUGAAUAACACCAUCUAUGAUACUCUGGGUACAUUACCUUUCCUGAUCAUUCGAAAUUCUCCUAGUAUGAUGUGGAAAGGAUAAUGGCCUUUAUCAUUUCAAUAAUAGUACUGAGUGGAGUGUUUUAGAGGAGUAUUUCACGCUUAUUUUUUGUGUGCAAAAUGAUAUGCAUCCUAAAUGGUAGAUAGUUGUCAAAUGUAGGAGAGGUGCCGGAUGUCAUUGAUGAAAGGGAAUAUUCUCUCUUUUUAUACAGCGUUAACAAUAACAGUUUACCACUUGAGGGCUUGAUGAUAACGCUGCAAAAGCUGAACUGUGCCAUAGGUCUGUCCAUUCGAUUUUAAGGAACAAAAAGUAAUGGUGACCUCUACUCAUAGAUCUCCUAGGUAUUGGUGGUUACAUUUCACCAGCCUCGUUACUACAUCAUACCUAACAUUUGCGCAUUAUGUCUUAGCUAAAAGGUCUUUGAAAUUCAGAUUCAGAGUAGCCUGCUCCUUAUCUACUUAUUGUUAUGCUGUAAAAGCAUUGCCCAAAUGAAUCCAAUUGUGUGGACAUUCGAGAAAGGUCCCUGAUCUGUUUAAGAACUAGCAGAUAGUAAUCCUCUUAACCAUUACUUUUAUCAUUCUUGUUGUGUAACUAUCUCUUAUCAACCAUAUCAACCAUGACAGAGCAGCUAGAAUGAGCAUAAUGGUAUUUUAGUUUUAAAUUAAUAGUAUGGCCAGUGAAAAUGUCUAAAACUGCUGCUUUCUUUUAUUGCCUUAAAAACAAAUAAUAUGAAAAUACAUUGUUAAACAGAAUAUUUUUCAAAUUAGAACUUAAUUUUGCAGUCCUCUCAAAAAUAUGUUAAAUGUGCAUUGCUAUUUUGACAAAUGUUGCACAAAGCACCCCCUUUCCGUUGCAAUUUCCUAGAUUUUCUAGGCAGGAUCAAAACAUGUGCAUGUGCUUUUUACUCAAACACUCCGCCACACAUCCUACCCACCAAGCCCAGGCAUAAGGUCAGGGGGAUCACAUACCAGUCCCAAGCUGCCAGGUGAAAUAAAGCCUGGGCCUGGAACAGUCAGAGGCUAUUGCGAGAGUAUUCAGAGCCUCACUUGAUAAAUUAUAUAAGCCUGGCAGGGCCCUUCUAGGAUUUAUGGUGGCUUCACAUGGUGUGCAUGUCAAAUAAGUCGGACAGAAUUAUGUUCAAGUAUUAUUUUUUGACUGAACAAUUGAUUGAUACAUUUGCUAACAAUGAUAAUACUAACAGAUAGCUAGCACGCUUGACAUUACCAAUGGUCAGCCUAGAAACAUUAUCAGUAUGGGUAAGAACUUUCGGUUGAAAAUGUAAACUCGCAAAUGUGAACUUGGGAUAGUAAAUUGUUCUUAGGGCUUUGCAUUUCCCACAAGGCACUUGAAGCUAUUUUUAACUCUUGAUAGCACCUUUAUGAAGCAUAGGAGACUUGUGGCAUUGGGGCUCUGAGAAUGGUUAACUACCCUGGGUUAAAAUGGGAAUGUUAAUAUAAAGCAAAACACUUGAGUUCAGCAGUUUUAACAGCCUGGUAUGCCAAGGAUGCCCUCCACAAUGGAUGACUGAAAUAACAUUUAAACAAGUCUAAGAUCAGGAAUGCAGGAAGGCAAAGUGUUGAUGUUCCAGAAAAGUUCACCAACAAAACUAGACUACACUGUAUGGUGCAAACCACUAGUUAGCUUUUAAAACAUGCACCUAAAAGCACUUAAUCGUAUGAAAAGACAGAACUAUCAACAUGCUACCAGCACAACAAGCAACUUUGAGGGCCCAAAGUUUAGACAACCAUCCAACAGAUUUAAAUCCAAUUGAACAAGUAUUUUAUUUGGUUGAGAUUACUUUAUUGCCUUGAACAAACAGAUGGUGGCUGUAGUACAGACCUGGCAGAAGAGAAUAUAGCCGGCGUCAGGUGCAGUCAAAGGGUUGCAACAUUCAGGCAGUUAUUGCAGGCAAAGACCAGACCAAACACUCAACAUAAGUGUUUUAUUUUUACAUUAAAAUAAUCUAUUUCAAAUUGUUCAGUGUCCUGAAAUAGGGGGACUAUGUAAAAUAUUGCAAUGGCUAUAUUAGAAACAUGUUUAUAUAGACAAAUAUCCUCAAUAACUCCAGUAACAGAAGAAUCUCAGAAGCUCUGUGAUGAAAUGGGGAGGGCUUAUGUUGAACCCAAAUAAAGACAAAGGGGACGGGAAGUAUGUGUCAUGUGCUAAUGGUAAACCAAUCAUUUAACAAUUGUAAAAUGUGUGACUCCUUAAAAAUCAUGAAGGAAAACUUUAUAAACAGGAAACCAGGCAAGCCUAGUUCAGCUGGCCCGCAAUAGAAAGUGUUGAUCAUGGCUGCCCUCUUAAGA